AUGUUAUUAUUACUUCCUUCUCGUAGUAGAAGAGAGAAACCAGCUACCCUUUGGCGUCCGUAUCUGAGCUUCAGCAUAUCUCGCAAGAUCAUCACUGUUUACGGUGCCACUGGUAACCAGGGUGGAAGUGUAGUCAACUCGCUUCUGGAGAACAAAUCUGGAGACUUGAAGAUCCGAGGCAUCACUAGAGACCCAGACUCUGAUAAGUCCCAGGCUCUUGCAGCUCGCGGUGUUGACAUCGUUAAGGGCGAUGGGUUAAGCAAAGAACAGAUGCUUGAAGCAUUCCAAGGCACCUGGACUGUCUUUCUCAACUCCAACUCUGUCGAUCCUGCCCUCCACCAGCCGGGCGGCAUCACCGAAAACAACCACGGCAAGGAAGUUGUGGAUGCAGCUUUUGAAGCUGGAGUUGAGGUCUUGAUAUACAGUGGUUCUGCAUCUUCCGCCAAAAUCACCAAUGGUUCCAUCACCAGCGCCGGCAUGGACGAGAAGUACCUAGUUUCUGACGCCAAGACCAAGGGCUUCAAGAGUGCCGUCAAUGUUGGCACUGGCUGGUACAUGGAGAACCACUUCAACCCCGAAGUUGCUGGUCUUCUUGGCGGACUGCCCUAUGCGGAAGAUGAGGACGGCUGCCUAACCUUGGCCAUGCCAAACUGGGGCGGAGAUAAUACGAUCCCCUUCAUCUCUAUUGGAGACGACUAUGGCGACACUGUCCACGGAGGUUUCAGCCAACUCGCUACACCUGAAGAGCUUGUUGCUGCAGUCCAGAAAGCAUCCGGCAAGAAUUCCCGCUUCAACGAAGUCAAAGACUGGACAACCAUUGAAACCCAUGGAGAGCCGGAGAUUGAAACCGUCAAGAACCUUUUCGGAUUUGUGCAAUACACCGGUGGCCGGUUCUUUGGCGUCCCUAGCGACGUUACACUGUCCAAGAAAUUGAAGGCCGCAGCAACUACUGCCAAGGGACGUCCCGCUUCCGAUGGUAAACUCACCACUGUUGAGCAGUUCGCCAAGAAGGCUCUGUCCGCUGAAGUCGGAGAAAGUGAGAGUCUGCGCAUGAUGAUGCAUGCAUUGUUGUAUGAAAUCAAUGGACAUGAAGUUGAAAAUAAACAUUAUCAGUACAGUCUUCUCGGAAUAGGACAGGGAGCGAUUGAAGUGUUGGACGAGGCAUCAGAACAUUCAACAGACAAUGAUAUCUUCGCAACUACCGGCAGUGGUUGGCACUUUAUCAAGUACUCCAAAUAA